GGGCCUAAUCAACCUAUAAAUGAGAAACCGUUUACCAGCUUCUCAUUUUACAUGAUCCUCCAAAGCUGCUGUUUUAAAAAAAGCCGAUUUUAUAAAAAUAAAAAAGGUCCUGGGGCAGGAGUUCAUCUGACAGACAGGUCCAUUGGUGGAGAGACGAGACUGUAGGCCGGCAUACAGAAACUCUUUAUCAAAGAGAAAGUAGUGUCUUGGUGGCUCCUGCCCCGGGAACUACUCAAAAAAAAAAGAUGAGUUCUUCACCAGAAGAGUCUCACCUAACCCCACCGAGCUCUGAACAGAUUUCCCUAACACACAAAGAGAAGUCUGAUUUUCCAAAAUACAAAAUAAUUACAUCUGAUGGAUCUAUUUCUAAAAUUAAAUGGGAUGAGAAGAUGGAUGAUGAAGAUUUUAUCAUAAAAAAGAUUGGUUCAGAUAUAUUUUAUAGAGACUUAUGUAACAGGGAAAAAUCCUUGAUAUACUUAUGUAAAAAUAAACUUGAUAUGAAGAAUUUUAAAUAUAUUUAUCCUAAAAAAUCCCAUAAUGAAACUUUCAAUAUAUUGUUUAAUUAUCUUGAUAAAACAGCAAAAGAUUCUAUUAAAGCAAAGAAACAGCUUGCAUUUGUAGCUUUUAGAAAAAAAGAUGGAUCAUUCGACAAGAGUAGAAUUAAAGUUCAUUAUCUCUCAAAAGGAGAACAUACUGAAGAUAAAAUAUUUGAACUACUACUAGAAAUUUAUUAUGAAAGUAAUAGUGAUUAUUCAGAAAUUUAUAUCUAUUCUACAAAUAGCCCAUGUUUAACAAGGUGCAAUCAUGUGCCCUGCAUGAUCGUGGCUUUUGUUAUAGCAAAUAUGUUAAAUGAGAAGCAUGGCAUAAACACAAUUAUUGGUUAUCAUAAAGCCUUUGGCUCGCACGAGAAAGCCUUGUCUUCUUAUCCUAUUAAAGAUGAUGAUCCAAAAUAUGAUGAUAAUAAUGAUAGUGAAGUUAAGGAAUUAUUAAUCCUGAUUUACAAACAAAUCAUUCAGAAACAAAAGUACAAAAAUCAAACGUUUUCAAUGGAAGAUACUGGACACAGACCAAAACGCAAACUUAAGCAAUUUUAUUCAAAAAUAUCAAAUUCUGAAACAAUAAAACAUCUUAAUGACAUUGAGCAAGAUUUAUUCAAAAAACAUCCAAAAUUAAGCUAUACUUUUGAUGGUUUUCAUGAACAUGGUUUAGAAAUGUUUAACAACUUUACUACAAAAAUUUCUAAACUUUUAAUUGAUGAUUAUGAAAAUAUAUAUGAAGAAAUCUGCAGCUACCUGGAAGAAGUUUUCUUUCUCUGGUGGGCUAAAAAAGUGGAAGAUGCAUCUAGCAAGUUUUUAAAAAAGAGACUCGCUAGCAUUAUUCUAAACUAUUCUUUGCAUCUUUUUCUUAUGGAAAUCAGAGAAAUUGAAAAUAAAUUAGGAAGAAAUUUUUUUGAAAUUAGUUAUGUAGUCAUAAAGUAGAAUAUAUUUGUUCCAAAAUAAGAAUCUGUUGUAAACAUUUAACCCUGGUACGAUGUUUGGGGCAGUAUCAUGACCCCACAUGAACUUUCCCUUCAUCUCAGAGGAAUAAUGUACUCCAGGCUCCACUUUCACAACGGCCUCCAUCUCCAUCUCCAUCUCCUAACCACCACCAUCCGUCAGCCAUCUCCUCUCUCAUCAGCACCACUCUAUAGAAACCCGUAAUCUUCAUCUGCACUGUUAUUCACUACAGUUACUCAUCUUGGGCACUUCAGGCUGUUAAUAAAGUGUGUUACUGUAAGCUCA